ACCUCUGAAAAACGAAAGUAAAAAUGAAACAUGUUUACAGUGCUGCUAGGAAUAAUUCAAGCUUGAGAUUAUUUUUAUAUUAACGAAAGACAAUAUCUUAUUUUUUAAAUUAUAUUUUAUAAAAUUAUAGGUUUACUGUCGCAUCAUAGAACAUAGUCUAGAAAAUGGCAAGCUUAGACCUGGAUUCAGAUAUUCACAGACUGGAGGGCUCAAGUGGUAAUGAAUCAGGUGGUUUGGUUAUCAUGAAGAAAGGGCCGGCAAAAGAUGGAGACGCAGCGCAUACCUUUAAAAGACCAGAGGCCCCUAAGGUGUCACUGCUGGGAUUGGAUAAACUCGCAGCUUCCAAACGACUGUCGGAAAGUGAAGGUAGCACAACACCAAAGAGGUCUAAGGUUUUAUCGUAUAAUAAUGAUGAAGAAGAUGAUGUGGAAGAGGAUGAAAAUGAUAGAACACAACAUAAGAAGAAACAUAAAGAUAAAGAUAGACAUUAUCGGCACGCAAGGGAAGAAACUCCAUCACACCCUGGCGGUGUUAGCUCGGCUGCCAGGGACAAAGUUGAAAAGCGUCACAGAGACAAAGAACGAGGUAUAUCAGCCUCAUCCUCGAGCAAAGACAAAAGAAAAGACAGAGAGAAAGACAGAAGAAGACAUCGAGAAGGAGACAGUGAUCGUAGGUCGUACCGUAGUGAUAGGUCAGAGAGGUCGGAUAGGUCAGAGAGGUCGGAGAGGGGUGGCAGGGAUUGGGAGGAAACACCUGACUCCAGGAGAUCUUAUGACAGGGAUGACAUGCCCACACCUAACAUAAAAGUCAAAGAUACACCAUCAAGGUCAUCCUGGGAUGACGAUGACCCGCCCGCCCCCCAUAAAUCUGUUUGGGAUCUCCCCACCCCUCUGCGGGGUCAGAGCCAGCACGGUAAGGCAGACAAGAGGUCAGAUAGAAGAGACGAGGGUCGGCACUCUGAGAGAGGAAGUAGAAGGGACAAGACAGGAUCAAAGUCAAGACGGGAUGAGUUUACACCUAAGGCCACGCCCACUUACAAGUACAAUGAAUGGAUGAAAGACAGAAAAAUUCAGUACACCCCUAAGGACGGUGAAAGACCAGGAAAAGAAAACGUUUUGGAGUUUGAAUCAGAGGAAGACCGCCAGGAGUGGGAGAGCGAACAAAAGCGUCUGGACCGCGAGUGGUACAACAUGGACGAGGGCUACGACGACGAGAACAACCCUUUCUCUGGCACGUCGCAGGCCUACACCAAGAAGAAGGAGGAGGAGAUGGAGAUGAAGAAGAAGAAGAGGAUGUCAGCACAGCAGAGGCAGAUUAAUAAGGACAAUGAACUCUGGGAGACGAACAGAAUGCUGCGCAGUGGUGUCGUCAACAGGGUGAACUUUGAUGAGGAUUUUGAGGAUGAGAAUGAGGCGAGGGUGCACCUGCAAGUUCUUAAUAUUGUCCCUCCGUUUUUAGAUGGUCGGAUUGUCUUUACUAAACAGCCAGAGCCAGUUGUCCCACUUAGGGAUUCCACCUCAGACAUGGCUGUUGUGUCCAGGAAAGGCUGCCCAGUGGUCAGGAUACACAGGGAACAGAAGGAGAGAAAGAAAGCACAGAAGAAAGAGUGGGAGCUGGCUGGCACCAACAUUGGUAACAUCAUGGGCAUUAAAAAGAAAGAUGACGAAGAAGACAAAAGGGAAGAAACCAGUUACAGGGAUGACCACAAGUUUGCUGAUGUCAUGCAGAGUAAGAACGAGGCUGUCAGUGACUUUGCCAUGAAGAGAUCAUUCAGAGAGCAGAGACAGUACCUGCCUAUUUUUGCUGUGCGCAACCAGCUUCUUACAAUAAUCCGAGACAACAGUGUGAUUAUCAUUGUUGGAGAAACAGGCUCAGGGAAAACUACACAGUUGACUCAGUACCUCCACGAAGAUGGUUACACCAAGUUUGGAAUGAUAGGCUGCACCCAACCACGUCGUGUAGCUGCCAUGUCUGUGGCUAAGCGUGUGGCUGAGGAGAUGGAUGUCAAGCUAGGAGAGGAGGUCGGAUACGCUAUCCGUUUUGAGGAUUGCACGUCUGAAAAAACUAUGAUCAAGUACAUGACAGAUGGUAUCCUGCUGAGAGAGUCACUCAGGGAGUCUGACCUGGACAACUACAGUGCAAUAAUUAUGGACGAGGCUCACGAGAGAUCCCUCAACACAGAUGUCUUGUUUGGUCUACUGCGAAAUGUAGUGGCCAGACGUCAUGACCUGAAACUUAUAGUGACGUCUGCCACCAUGGACGCCACCAAGUUCGCCAUGUUCUUUGGCAAUGUUCCUGUGUUCACCAUACCUGGCCGGACAUUCCCUGUUGAUGUCCUGUAUUCCAAGAACCCUCAGGAGGAUUAUGUUGAUGCUGCUGUCAAACAGGCUUUACAGGUUCAUCUUGGUGGUCAGCCAGGUGACAUGCUCAUAUUUAUGCCUGGUCAAGAGGACAUUGAGGUCACGUGUGAGCUUAUAUCAGAGCGACUGGGUGAGUUGGAUGAAGCCCCACCUCUGGCCAUCUUGCCCAUUUACUCCCAGCUGCCCAGUGACCUGCAGGCCAAGAUCUUCCAGAAGGCGCCGGACGGUGUUAGGAAAUGUGUUGUGGCCACCAACAUUGCGGAAACCUCACUAACAGUGGACGGCAUCAUGUUUGUCAUAGACUCUGGCUACUGCAAGCUGAAGGUCUACAACCCAAAGAUUGGCAUGGACGCCCUCCAGAUCUUCCCCAUCAGUCAGGCUAAUGCCAACCAGAGGUCAGGUCGAGCUGGUAGGACUGGACCAGGCCAAGCGUACAGACUGUACACACAGAGGCAGUACAAGGACGAGCUGCUGAUCACCACAGUGCCAGAAAUACAGAGGACCAACCUGGCCAAUGUGGUGCUGCUCUUGAAGUCCUUGGGUGUUCAGGACCUGCUCCAGUUCCAUUUCAUGGACCCCCCUCCUGAGGACAACAUCUUGAACUCCAUGUACCAGCUGUGGGUGCUGGGCGCACUGGACAACACUGGGGCCCUGACUUCUCUGGGUCGCAACAUGGUAGAGUUCCCACUGGACCCGGCCCUGUCUAAGAUGUUGAUUGUGUCUGUUGGCAUGGGCUGCAGCUCUGACUGUUUGACGAUCGUCUCCAUGUUGUCAGUGCCGGCCAUCUUCUACAGGCCUAAAGGGAGGGAAGAAGAUUCCGAUGCCGCCAGGGAAAAGUUUAUGGUGCCUGAGAGCGAUCACCUCACCUACCUCAACGUCUACCAGCAGUGGAAGAGAAACGGGUACUCUUCAUCGUGGUGUAACGAACAUUUUAUUCACGUCAAAGCUAUGAGAAAGGUGAGAGAGGUCCAGCAGCAACUGCGAGAGAUCAUGGAGCAGCAGAAGAUGGACCUGAUCUCCUGUGGCACCGAGUGGGACAUCAUCAGGAAGUGUAUCUGCUCGGCUUACUUCCAUCAGGCUGCCAGGCUUAAGGGCCUGGGUGAGUACGUGAACACACGUACAGGUAUGCCGUGUCACCUCCACCCCACCAGUGCUCUGUUUGGUAUGGGCUACACACCUGACUACAUCGUCUACCACGAGCUUGUCAUGACCUCUAAGGAGUACAUGCAAUGUGUGACUGCUGUGGACGGCCACUGGCUGGCAGAGUUAGGUCCCAUGUUCUACAGCAUCAAGGACGCUUCCAAGUCACGGCAGGAGCGGAAGCGCCAGGAGGGGGAGGAGAUGAAAGCCAUGGAGGAUGAGAUGAAACGAGCUGAGGAAUUAAUUAAGGCAAGGAAGGAGCAGGACAGGACGCCAAUCUCAGUUAGAAGUAGCUCCAAGAUUGUUACACCUGGCCAAAGGGAGCCGGGCACCCCAGCACUGACCCCCAGACGCACCCCCAAGUUUGGGUUAUGAGCUGACACCCCAUCACCAACACCUCCAUGUACUCUGAAGUUCCAGACUAGGAACCUGAACAUGAUGAAUUCUUGUCAUUUCAUUUCUGCUGUAAAUGCAGAAUAACAGACUUUGUUUAGCCAUGAAAUCGGGAUUGAGUAUAAAACAAGUUAAUUAAAAAGUCUAGUGACAAUUUUAGCGCAAUUUCCUUAUGUUAUCUAAAAAUAGCUCUGUCGUAGCGUAAAUCAAGAGCAGGGUUAGUAAAACCAUUGGUUAAAAUACAUGUUUUAUUUACAAUAGAGUUACAUGACUAAAAAACAUUGCGCGCCUAGCUACUGAACGUGAUGACGAAGCCAUAGAACGUGAUGGUGCAGCUAUUGAACGUGAUGACGCGUGUGGUGUGGUUGGAAAAAAUGCCUACUAAUUCGGUCCAAAUUUUAAUUAAUUAAAAAACAUUUUUGUGACCGAACGAAAGGAUAUUUUUGAAAACUUUCUUCGGCAAUAUUGUUCUAAAUUAUGGCAGGAAUCGAUUGGUACAUGUUUCAAGUCGCUAAGUGGUCUGGUUGCCGAGAUAUGGGCCAAAAACUGCAUUUUUUCGAGGUUUUUUGGCUUUUCCGGGAAAUCCAUGAAAGAAACCCAGAAUUUUUAUAGCCUAUGUUCAUCCUCGUAACUUGCUUAACAUAAUUGCUUUUGGAACUAGUCAUCGAUAUUGCUUCGUUGAGGAGGAGAUACGACUUAAAGCUGCGGACACACAUCCAUCCAUUCAUACAUUCAUACAUUCAUACAUCCAGAAAUGACGGGUUAAUAAACGCAAUUCUCCAGAAUGGAAAUUGCGCUAAAAAACUUACUGAACUUUCUAGGGAGGUUUCAAUAUACAGGUGAACCUUGACUGAACCUCAGCCAACCUGUUCAGGUUAUGUGACACUGUAAGUUAUGCAACUUGUUUGGUUGUUGUCAAAAUGUG